AUGAUGAAAGUGGCAAAGAAGUAUGGGGUCACCUGUGAGACUAGCAACCCCUCCAUGGCCCUGCGAGCUCAACUGCCAGUGUGGUACCACGUGGGCCGUGGUGAAGGACGGAACUCUGAAAACUCGAAAAGCUGUAAAUGUCUGCGUGACUCCCACCAAGUCAGGACCGUAAGCCAAUGUGCUGAAGCUGCUAGACGCACGACUGACGGGGACAGCGAGCACCGCCCGAACCGUGAAUGCCGAUGUGUGCCAUGCCGGAGAGACCGUGAGGUGUACGCCUGCGACAAUCCACACCGGUGUGCGACGGCGGCGGCUGCAAUCCUGACCAAGUUGACGUCUAAGUGGAGCCUGGCAAGAGCGGACAACACGGACGGCCUCACCCUUACCCCAGGGAGAAAGAGGGCAAAUGAGUCGGCAAGGAUAGCGAAUGACAGGAUACUCUUCAACCCGUCGAUCACGACGCCUGAGCCCCUCGUGGAAGCGUUGAGGGCCUUUGUUCCGACUAGCUCGAGAGACCAAAGACCGGCCCUGCGCCCGAAGCCGCCUUUUCAAGUGCGAAGUGAAGAAGUUGAGAUCUUC